AUGAUGAAGGUAGUUUACAAAGAAAAUCCACGUACAAUUUGUAUACGUUCGGAUACACAUUCGCUAUGCUUUGAGGAACUAAAUACCAAUAGAUCCAAACAUUUGCUCAAGGAAUCGGCCGUCGCUGUUGAAUUAUUGCCCAACGACCAGAUAACCAAGGAGAACGGAUUUAAGCCAUUAUUGAAAAAAGAAGUAUUUGGAUGUUUGGGUCUAAUAAGCAUUGAUAAGAAGGCAUUUUUGGCGGUAAUUACGGGAGCGAUGACCGACGUGGCCCAUCCCGUGGUUUAUGAGUCGGUAGAUAAGAUUUAUUCGGUGGAUUUUGUCUCAUUGUCGAGUGAUGAAUGGGACUUUGUUAGUUUUGAUACGUCGGGACUUCCAUUGGCUUCAACUGCAGACGAAUUUGAGGCGGAAAAUAAUUAUGCCAGAGAGCCACAUCCAUGUCAUGAGAUGCAGAAGCUUUUGUCGAACGGGUCGUUCUACUAUUCCAAUGAUUUUGAUUUGACGUCGUUGAUACAAAAUAGAGGUAUCCAGAACUUGAGACUACACCACGAAAAGGAGGGUGUGAGAAAGAUCAAUCUCGAACAUUACCUGGAAGAAUACAUGUGGAAUUCAUUUAUGAUGUGCGAGAUAUUCGAAUUCAGGUCUAAAUUGGACUCGUACGUGCAAUCUACCUUGGACGACAAUAGGUUUUUGACUACGGUUAUCAGGGGUUUUGCCAAAACGGUCAAUUUGAACUCAUCGGGUGAAAGUAUGACCAUCAUAUCCAAACAAUCGUGGAAACGGGCUGGGACUAGGUUCAAUGCCCGUGGUAUAGAUGAUAACGGUAAUGUGGCCAAUUUUGUGGAAACUGAGUUCAUUUUCAAUCAGCCGACCCGUGAACAAAUAACAUCGUUUACUCAGAUUAGGGGGUCUGUACCCACAUUUUGGGAACAGGACCUGACUUUAAUUAAUCCAAAGAUUACUCUUACAAGGUCUCUUGAGGCAACACAGCCAAUUUUUAAUAAGCAUUUUACCGAAAUAUGUCAAAAGUACGGUGUUUGCCAUAUUAUAAAUUUGCUAUCAAAGACUAAACCUGCUGAGGUUCAAGUCCUGCGCCGUUAUAAACAGUUAUAUACUGGGUCCAAUCGCCGGGAUGAGAUGGCAUUCAGUGAAUUUGAUUUCCAUCAUGAAACAAAGCAACUGAGUGGUGGUUUUGCGGGAGCAACGAAAAUUUUGCCUAUGCUUUAUGAUUCUUUAGAGAAUUUUGGAUGGUUUGUUUACGAUUCUGACCAAGGUGAAACAGUCACCAGGCAAGAUGGCGUCUUUCGGACUAAUUGCUUGGAUUGUUUGGACCGUACCAAUUUGAUUCAACAAGUUAUUUGUCAAAGCAUUUUGGAACAUACCUUGCAGAAUCAACGCGGUAGUCGUGAGGGCAAUCAUGAGCGUUACGCUGUGGAAGACCUCGUUAACAAGCAUAACACCCUUUGGGCGGAUCAUGGUGAUGCUAUAUCACAAAUUUAUACCGGAACAAACGCUCUAAAAUCUUCUUUCUCAAGAUCAGGUAAGAUGAAUUUUGCAGGAGCUCUUUCCGAUGUUACAAAAUCCGUCUCUAGAAUGUACCAGAACACAUUUUUGGACUCUAAAAAGCAAUCGACUAUGGAUUUAUUAUUGGGUUAUGAUGCACAAAAUUCCUUACCUGUUAGAAUAUAUGAUCCAAUCAACGAAUUUGUUCAAGAAAAGUUGCAUGGCGAAGCGGGGUCAUUUACAACAUGGAACGAUAUAAACAUAUUUGUUGGUACUUUUAAUGUGAAUGCUGCUGUACCCCAUGGUAAAGUUGACUUGGCCAGCUUUCUCUUCCCACCAGAAAACACUGAAAUUGAACUUCCAGAUGUAUAUGCGAUUGGUUUACAAGAGGUAAUAGAGUUAAAUGCGGGUUCAAUUUUAAGUUCUGACUCGUCCAAACCAUCCUUAUGGGCAAAAUUAUUGGAGACCCAAUUAAAUUCUCAAGGAGAACCUUACUUACUAUUGAGAACCGAAUCAAUUGCGUCAAUGUCGCUUUUCUUGUUCGUUAAGAAGAGUCAAGUCCAUAAAGUAACACAGGUGGCUGGUUCAUCCAAGAAGACUGGUUUAGGUGGUAUUGCCGCUAACAAAGGAGCUUGUGGUGUGAGGUUCGAGUUUGGACUGACCUCAUUUGUAUUGGUUACUUCUCAUUUGGCGGCAGGUACAACAGCUCUAGUUGAAAGAUAUAAUGAUUAUAUGACUAUUAUGUCUGGCUUAACUUUUACAAGAAAUUUUACAAUUAAAGACCAUGACCAUAUUAUAUGGUUUGGUGAUUUGAAUUAUCGUGUAUCGUUGCCUAAUGACCAAUGUAGGUACUUUAUUGAAAAUGGAGCAUUUGAUGAACUAACGGCAGUGGACCAAUUAAAUCAAGAAAUGACUCGUAAAGGGGCAUUCUAUGGUUUCAAAGAAGGAGCUAUUAAGUUCUACCCUACAUACAAAUUUGAUAAGGGAACAUCGAACUAUGACUCGUCCGAAAAACAAAGAAUACCAUCAUGGACAGAUAGAGUCUUGUACAUGACUUCCAAGGGAGUCGAUCCAAUAAAACAAUUAAAUUAUAAUUCAUGCAUGAACAUAGUUGUAAGUGACCACAAACCCGUAUAUUCUACACUCAAAAGCAGAGUAAAAUUUGUUGAUGAAGAUAAGAAAAUCAAGCUUUCAAAGCAUUUAUACGAUAUUUACAAGAAGGAGCAUGGCGAUAUAGGUGAAGUUUCACUAUUGGAAUUAUCAGACAGCAUGACCCUGUCGUCAAAACCUUCGUCGUUAAAUUCAGAUUCAGGCUUUUCUAUGGAUACCUUAUCAGAAAUGAAUCUUCUUGAUGAUGCUGAUACAGAUGCUCCAAAAUUGCCAGCACGUCCUAUGGAACGUACAAACACAUUACCGAAGAGAAUUCCUCCCCCACGAAUGAGCAGAAAACAAAUCUCCCUGGACCAAACAAAAACAGCUUCAAAUGCAUUCCCAAGGAAACUACCGCCAACACCAUAUAACCAAGAAGUGCUCGUUCCAAGCCCUUCAAAGUCUAUAUCAAAUCCAUUGCUGCGUUCUCCAACUGCAUCUACGUCAGCAUCCACGCCACCACCUCCUCCACCAUCAAGAAAAGUGGGUAAUCCAGUGAAGCCUCCAAUUGGGUUCUCUAGUACUCCACUUAUCUCCAGUAGAUCGAAUUCUGCUACUCCAUCCAGAGGCUCACCUAUUUCAACACCAUCUACCACUGGAAAUGAGCAGAAUCAAGAACAUCCAAAGCUCAAUCCUAUUGUUCCAACCAAACCAGCGUCGUUAGCGUCAUCUAAAACCAAGUCGUCAUCGCUGGAAGCUACAUCUGCAUCUUAUAUUCCAAAUUCAACACCUGCUACUUCGGCAAGAAGUACAUCUUCUGACGGCAAUGGCAAGCUGAUGUCGGAAUGGAAACCAUUGAUGCCUAGUUAG